AACGACCCCCCUCCAUUUUCUUCAGAUCUCCUCUCUUCUCUACACAUUUCACAACCUUUAUAUAGAGCUUCCACAACUUUUCAACGGUCCGGAGAAAGAAAAGGGCUGUAAGUUCUGCCAAUUAUAUAUCUCUUCAUGGCUUUAUUUCUUUGAAUUUUUGUUGCAAUCCAAAUUGUGAAUCAAGAGAUGAUCUUGGCCGUGGGUUUUAAGAGCUUUGAGAGUUUGGGAUAUUUCCUCUCGAGCUUGAUUUUGGGGGUUUGCCCUCCAACCAGGUAGCCUGGAGACCCGGGGGGCUACAUUUCUUUGAAGGGCAGUGAUUGUUUUUCCUUGAAUCUUUUUUGGAUGUGAGAUUUUGUGUGGGAUUUUCAAGUUUUCUGUUUUGAUCUUGGCUGAUAUAUACUAUAUAGAGUAUUAUGUAUGUAUAGAUUGUGGUUUCAAGAUCAAGGGUUCACAGAUGUCUGAGAAAGGUGGAAGCUUUAGGGCAAACCCCCUGGUUCAUAGGUGGUUUAAGCUGGUGAUGCUGGGGGCUUGUUUGGUAAUUUUGAUUCUAUGGGGCACUCAUAGUGUCAAUUUGAGUGUCACCAAUGCCCCCAAAAAUUUUGUUCUUCUGAAAUUCAAUGAUAGUUCUAAAGAAUUUAGGCCAGAAUUUAAAGAUUUAGGGUAUGCCAAUGCUUCCAAUUUGCCCCCCCAAGAGAAAUUGGGGAAUUUUAGUGAUAAUGAGAGGGGUUCUUCUAUAGAGCCUUCAGGAUCAAGAAUUGGGAAUUGGAUUUUGGCUGAGUUAGAGGAUAACUAUUCAUCAAAGCUUUUAGAUGCUUGGUUGGCUCCUGGGGGUGAGCCAUGUAAGGAUUCAAGGAGUGUGGGGAUUAGGGUUCCCGGUUUGGAUGGUCGUGAGGGCCUCGAGUUGUCUACGGGGGAUAUCCACGAGUUUGUUUUCCAGGCGUUGGACGAGAAAGGGCAGGCGCAUUGUUUGGGGGGCGAUUACUUUGAGAUUGAUUUGUCCGGGGAGAAAUGGAAGUCUAGGCCUCCCACUAAGGAUUUGGGCAAUGGUACUUAUAAGUUUUAUCUCCAAGUCCACCCUGAUUUCUAUGGGGAUUACAAUGUCACCAUAAUCCUAUUGUUUCAACAUUACGAGGGAAUGAGGUUUUCGCCUCAAAGAUUUGCGUUUGAUCGUGUCCUCCGAGUUAUCCCCAUCAAAUUCACCAAAUCCCCAACUGAAUUGCCAGCAAUCCCGCAAUGUGUGAGGUCUGAUCUUGCUAGAAUGGUUUGGUCUGGCAGGUGGACUCGGCAUGCCAAGAACGACAGCUGCCUCGUCGAUGAAGGCGGGCGGUUUAUAUGCCAAGACCCGAAUUUCCCUUGCCAAAAACCGUGGUGCCAUGGUCCGAUGGGCGUGCUGGAGAGCAACGGGUGGGUAUACUCAGCUCAUUGUUCAUUCAAGAUGUUCUCCACCGAGGAGGCGUGGGAAUGCUUGAACAACAAAUGGAUUUUCUGGUGGGGCGAUUCGAACCAUUGUGAUACGAUUCGCAACGUCCUUCACUUCAUUCUCGACGUCCAUGAUGUCCAGGUUGUUCCAAGAAGGUUUGAUGCCAACAUCACGAACCCGAAGAAUCCAUCCCAAACCGUCAGAUUCACCAGCAUCUUCAAUGGCCACCCGAACGACACGGGGAACUACCAGGGCUUGAAUUCACUAGUAAAUGCAAAGUAUAGAGAGAUGCUAAAAGGGUAUUUUUCGGGUAAUGUUGUUCCAGACACUAUAAUCAUGAAUUCGGGUUUGCACGAUGGGGUGUACUGGCCUAGCGUUCGCACUUUCAUCAGGGGCGCAGAUUACUCAGCAGCGUUUUGGUCCGAGGUGAUCCAAGGGGUGAAGCAGAGGCAUAAGGUGCCACCAAAACUUCUAUACCGGACCACAGUGACAACCGGUGGCUAUGCAAGAACAUUGGCUUACAAUCCCCAAAAAAUGGAGGCAUUCAAUUUGAUUGUGUUGGAUAAGCUAAGGGCAUACGCCGCCUUGGACAUUGUCAUCGACGAUUUCGACAUGACCUUUCCAUGGCACUACGACAAUAGGUGCAACGACGGGGUCCACUAUGGCCGAGCCCCCGCCAAGCUCGUGUGGCGGGAUGGCCAGAUCGGGCACCAGUACUUCGUCGACCUCAUGCUCGGGCACGUGCUGCUCAACGCUAUGUGCACGAGAUGGUAACGCUCGAUCUUCGUGCAAGAUGGAUCGUCGGCUGGCUGCUGGACUGCAGAUGCAAGCUAAUUGAAGUCAUGUGUUUGGUGAGGAAUUGACAAUGAAGCAACCUUUUACCCAUUGAGCUGAAAAGGAUGUUAUUGGCAGUCUCUCAAAUAUUAACUGCUAGUUCAACCACCCCAUCCAACAACUGUCCACUACUCACCCAACUCUCAUAUUGUUAUAUUAAUGAUUAUAGGUAAACUGAAUUCAUGACUAUUGAGGUACGAGAAUUCUGCUACAGCCAGUCGAUCAUUCAUUGAGUCAAAAUCUUAAGAGCCCAAGGUUGAGUUAGUAUCUCAUAUUUUCGUACAAUCAGGCAUCAAGAAUGAGUCAAUGCCACUCAAUAGAGUAUCAAAACAUGUGAAGACCUAAUUGUAAAUUUUUAAAAUUUAUUGACAUUAAUCUA